GCACUUCCAUGCUGGCAUCUAGAAGGGCUUCCCACAAUAAAGUGUGUGUCAUUAUGCCUCGUGCCCAGCGAGGUAUACGUUACCGCAGUUAAUGCAAUUACAGCACUACCAUAAUUCAAGCGCCCUCUCAGACUGAAUAUAGGUCCUAAAAAGCACCAACGAAUGAAUUUUUCUGGCGCUUAUAAAAGGCAUGCCAACAAGUCACCCAUAAUUUGUGGAAUUAUUGUGUGUAUGCAUUUGAUGCAUAUAGCUGUGCUAUAAUAAUUAUUAUAACUCUAGAUCUUUAUGCAUGCAGCUGUAACAUACAGAGACCAACAACUUAAUGUAGAUACACCUGAGUGUGUACUAAGUAAAGAGAUUGCAAUACACUAACUGUAGCGCAUAUAAGUGCCAGCUUGCAAUAUUUUGGGUUAUAAAAGUGCAUCACUCUCAUUUUUUGUAAUUACAUCAACUACAGUAGUGUGUCUGUCUGUCCAUAAAUAGAAAAGAGAGAGGGAUUGGCAACGGAAGCAGUUCACGUGAUGUCUUACAUUGCGUAGUGGCUCUGGUACCGUCCGUGUUUUACCCUAAAACUCCCGCAAAAACCUGCGAAACUUAUUACGUCAAAUACAUAAACAAAUGCAUGCAUUUCAGAGGCCCCCUAUAAAAACAAAAAGCUUACGGGCUGAUGGUGAGUGUUAUUUGGAAAUGAAAAAGAAUAGAGUCGUCUUGAAAAUCGUGAGUAGCUAAAAAGGACACUGAAUUUGCUGCAGUUUUGCAGAAUCAUACCGUACCCUUGAAGUUCCCCUCAAAAAAACCUCAUACCCGUGCACAUACAAAAAUAACAUUCCAUGCCUAUACAACAAUUGUACAUCAUCAUGUGUGUGUUUUUAUACUGAAUAGCUUACUGUAGCUUUGACACUAGAGGAGGUACGACACGCGGUUAAGCUCACGUGGCUGCUAUUUCUUGAUUGAAGGCAAGAAAGACAAAGAAGUCGUUAAAAAUGCAUUCUAAUGACGACAUUCAACUGGUGGCAAGUAAGCGCCAUAAAGAGACAAGUUUAGAGCAUAAAACUCAAUGAAUUUGUUGCUGGCUAGUAGCUAGAGUUUUACAAGUAGAGAUUAGAUUUGUUGUAAGAACCAAGGCUCAGAUGUUGGAAGUAAUCCUAUCCUGAAUGCAGGCACAAAAUACUUUAAUAUUGAACACUCUAAAACAGAUUUACACUAAAAACUCAAAAUCUAAGUGGUGGUUGAAACUUUUUGAAAAGCUAUUUCACAUCAGUAUAAGCCCAGCAAUCAACAAUCCUGAUCUUAGAAAUGUCAAGUGUAUUUCUUGAAAGAUACACGCCAAACCAAAUCCACUAUCAAAGUACACAGUCUUGAAUGAUAUUCAUGCACAAGUUAAUGAGAUUCAUAAUCCUUUUGGCUGGUCAUGUGACCGUGUCGUACCUCCUCUGCUUUGACACGGUUUAUUGUAUAAGUGCACUAUAAAUAAAACACUCCAAAGUUGUAAUCAAAAUCUAUGUACAAGGUUAUGCAUGUGCAUCGGACUAUUUACAUUUCCUUUUCCUAAAUACACACCAUUUAAUCAUUAAUUGUCACAGGUGUCAGAUGUAGCAAUGAGCUGACAUUCCAAUCUCAAACUCUCCCACUGACAUGCACGAUAAAUUAGGAAAGCUCGUGAUGAAACACAUCAAAAUUCAUGUCGCCAUAUUUAGUUUCGUCUCAGUAUUACCAUAUGACAUUGUGCAGAAUCAAACUAUAUACUGUACUAUAGAUCUAGAUCUUUACUGUCGUGACUGAAUAUUCAAUAUGGGAAAUUGCUUAUCACGAGCAGAAAGUACAGCAAAAGAUGCAGGUCCACGUCCACAUUCAAGGCAGCAGUCGAGGAGACACUCGAGGCAACAUUCCAGAAGGAGACGGCAUUCAACAAUCACACUAAAAUUUUCCUUCAGCAGAAGAAGAAGAUAUUCUUUGAAAGGUUCCAGAUUCUCUGUAUUGGGGUCUAACAGAAUCGAGCAACAGCUGAUUGUAGAGUGCUUUCGUGGAAACUAUGAUGCUGUGGAAAGAAUUGUCGACAGUGGUGAAGACGUUAACAGGAGAGAUGCAUACGGAGAAACUCCUCUCACCAUUGCAUGUGCAAAGGGUCAUUAUGAUAUUGUAGAGCUACUGAUCGAUGAAGAUGCAAAUGUAAAUAAGCAAAACAAAGAAGGAUGGUCACCUCUAAUGAUAGCAAGUCAAAAUGGACACUUAGAAAUUGUUCAAUCUCUAACGAAUCUUGUUAAAGUGGACGCAACAAACAAUUACGGAGUGUGUUCUUUGAUGUUAGCUAGCGAGAACGGACACAAAGAUAUCGUUCAACUUUUACUCGAAAAGCAAGCAAAUGUGAAUAUGCAAGAUAACGAUGGAGCCACUGCACUAAUACUAGCCAGUGGCAAAGGGCAUGAAGAAAUAGUAACAGUUUUGAUUGAGAGAGGUGCUGACAAAGACAAACAAAACAAUAGAGGCGAAACAGCAUUGGAUAUUGCAAAAAGAAAGCAACACCAACAAAAGGGCAUUGAGAGAACACUGUCAGGAAGACAGAUCCAUGAAACAGAAAUACCACAUGCCUCAGUUGACCAAAUAGCAGCAGAGGUUGGUCUAAAUCUGAAGUUCUUAGAUCAACCAUUCUCAGAAGAACUUAAAGUAAGAAUCGCCCAGCUCAUUCCAAACUGGCUCGAGUACGCAGAGCUACUAAAGCUGACACCCCAAGAAAUCAAUGGCAUCAACACGAACCCCCAAUUAACUUUCUUCAUGAAGACUCAAGAGCUACUAAAUACCUGGUACAGAAAAAGUGCCUAUACUGAAUGGUCACAUUAUAGGGUUCUCGUUAAAGUCAGCUGUGAGUUGGGGUUAGCAGAUAUUGCAGGGAAAGUUUGCAAGGUGCUUAAAGAAAACUCUGUUCUGCCUCUGACUGACGAUCCUACGGUUUUGUACAUAUCAAGAGACCUCAAGCUGUACAAGACUGCAUCUAUUGGAGGUGGAGUGUUUGGUUCGGUGUUUAAAGGAGAGCUUAAUGGAAAAUCUGUUGCAUUGAAAGUUCUACAUUUUCUAGCUAGUGAGAUUCUAAUGUGUCUUCCUACAGCUGCGCUAGCAAACAGUGAUUCGGUACAGAGAUUUCGACAAGAAUGUGAAUACCUCGAAUCGUUCAAGCAUCCAAAUAUUGUGCGACACAUAGCAACAGAAACACACCCCAAAACAGGCCACCUCGUAUUAGUCUUAGAAUUAAUGGACUGCAAUUUGAGACAGUUUUUUGCAACAGAAAGAGAAAUAACAAUCGCUACGCAAAGAAGUUUGUGCCAUAAUAUCAUCUCUGCUUUGGCAGAAAUUCACUGUCAACAGAUUAUUCACAGAGAUUUAUGUGCAGACAACAUUCUGUUGGACACUAAAGGGCCAAUUCCAGUGGCGAAGGUCAGCGAUUUUGGCAUGUCUAAAAUCAUUCAAACUACAGUGCAGACCAUGUCCCUGCCAGUGUUUGGACACAGAGGAUACUUGCCUCCUGAAGCUGACACUGACUCUUCUCGUUGCAACUCAAGUUUUGACAUAUUUCAAUUUGGUGUGCUAAUGCUACAAAUAGUAAGGUGUCUUCCGUCAAUCAAGUCGAAGCAAGAACGGAUUAACGAAUUAGACAAUGUGGAACCUACUCAUCCAUUAAAAUAUAUAAUCGAGAAAUGCUUGCUUGAGGACAGUUUCAAACGCCCCUCUGCAAUUGAGCUAGAGCGACAGCUGCACAGUGGGUGCAUAGUUAGCCAUUAAGAACUAUUAUAGUGGAGCAUUCCUCUUUGCCAAACUUGGAGGUUGUGUACACUACAUGUUAUCAUUAUGACAAUUGGAAAAUUACCUCUACCAGUGAGUAAGCAAAAACUAUCACUAGACUAUAUACACACAUUUAAAUUCAUUCACACACCUGUAUAUAGGUACCGUAAACGUUCUAAUUAUAGAACCAGUAAAAAAUAAUUAAACGACGUACAAUAAAAUAUAAAAUAUAAAAAUAAAAAAAAUAAAAAAAAAAUUAUAAAAGAGGGCGUCCUAACCGAGGCUGGUUCUAUAAUUGGAACGCUUACGGUAGAUGUAUAUACGGAUGUAUAAUUAUAAACAAUGGGAGUGAAUCGAAAUUACUAUAUAAG